AGGAGGAGCUGCGGAGGUCCGCAGAGGAGAUGAAGCGCACGCGGGAGAUGGUCAGCUUCUUCCCAAGUGGCAGCGAGGAGCAGCCGGAGCCUGUAAUGCCAGCAUGCAGUGAGCCCACCUGGGAGCUGGUGAUGGACAAGAAGCACUUCAAGCUGUGGCGACGGCCAAUUGAAGGGAACCACCUCUAUCAGUACAGAGUUUUUGGGACCUACACAGAUGUGACCCCCAGACAGUUCUUCAAUGUACAGCUGGACACCGAGUACCGAAAGAAAUGGGAUUCUCUAGUCAUCAAACUGGAUGUGAUAGAGCGAGAUGUGACCACUGGCUCGGAAGUGGUCCACUGGGUAACCCACUUCCCAUACCCCAUGUACUCACGGGACUAUGUCUAUGUCCGGCGGUACAGUGUUGACAAGGAAAAUAAUCUGAUGGUGCUGGUAUCACGGGCAGUGGAGCACCCCAGUAUCCCAGAGGAUCCCAAGUACGUCCGUGUCCAGACUUAUGAGUCACAGAUGGUCAUCCGCCCGCACAAGACCUUUGAUGAGAAUGGUUUUGAUUACCUGCUGACAUACAGCGACAACCCCCAGACCAUGUUCCCCCGCUACUGUGUCAGCUGGAUGGUCUCCAGUGGCAUGCCCGACUUCCUGGAGAAGCUACAUGCAGCCACCCUCAAAGCCAAGAGGAUGGAGAUUGAGGUGCGGGACUACAUCUCUGCCAGGCCGGCUGAGAGCAGCGGCAGCGAGAGCAAGGCCAGCCUGCCCAAUGCAGAGCACAAGCCUGAGGGUACCCGCAGUCCUGCACAGCUGGGCUAUGCCUGAGGGCCGGCCCAGAUCCAGCCAGCUGGGAAACUGGGGGUGCGAGACUCCUCCCCCGCUUGUCUCUGGACCCUUCCUCAUUCCCCAUCUGGAGACGGGAGUUUGCAUCUUGCCCCCGGCCAUGUGUUUUCCUGGCCUGUGAACUGUAGCAUCUGCAUCCUCCCUGUCUGUGCUCACAGGCACUGCCCUUGUGAAGCAUCUCCUCUGUACAGAAUGAACAGUCUUGCCCUCCCGCCUGCUUCUCUCCCCUCCACGCUGGCUGGGGCCAGAAAGCCACCUCAGCUCUGCAGCACUGGGCUCUUCAGACUCGAGCAGUGUCUAUUGGCAGGACUAGCGCCCCAGCCCAGAUUGUACUAUAGGCUCUAUGUGGGGUACUACAGCCAUCCCCCGUGUUGCCCCGCUGCUACCCAAGUGCCUUUCCCCAUGGCUUGCUCUGGGGGUAGGGGGCUGAAGUGGGAAGCCCAGCAUGAAGCCAGAGCACAACACCCCCCUGGAUUGGAGGGAAGUCGGCACUGCUUCCCUGCCCACUGGGCUGGUUAUGUUUCUACCUCUUGAGGCUGCCUGCCUGCUUGGGAGCCUGGGCUGGAGAUCUAGGCCCUGCUGUAUAGAUACUAGAGUUGUCUUAGUAUGUCGGAGGGGUAUUUUUCAGGAGUGGGCAUCUGCUGUCAUCUGUGAGCCUCUCUGCCCUCAGCUACUGAGAAGCCAGCACCUGCUGCCACAUCCCAGCCAGCCACGUGGUACCUUAGAAGCAAUGGGAUCCCCAGCUGCCUGCCCCAGGCUGGGUGGAUGGGGGGGCAGUCUCCUGUUCUGCUGGGGUCAGUGGGCUUAUCUGGAAUGGGACAGCGGCUCAGUCCUGGUGCCUGUCUGGGGAUGGGGCUGGAGCAGGCAGUUUCAACGUGGAUCAACCUUGAUGAAUAAAUAAACUGUUACAGUAA